UUUUUCGGAUUGUACUGAUUUUAUGCGUGUAUGGCGGUCCGUAGUGUUAACGUUUGUAGUGACAUGCGGGAUCAGUAGUAUAAUUGGUACUUGUAAUUAAAUAACUGACCUUGGGAGCACCUGUGCUUGAUUCUAACGUGUUUGGAUAUUAUCUUCCAUUCUAAAAAGCGUAUAUCUUGUGAAAUGAAUGAAUCGCUUAUCAGACGGUAGUAUGUGUUUCUCAACGUAGGCUUAUAUGUAGAUCUACAUUUGGAAGGACUAAACAAAAGGCUCACGCACGGUGUUUACUCGGUUUGAACCGAUAUUAAAGUUUACGGCGACCCGUUAGGGAUGGAAGACGAUUAUAUCUACCCACCUGAACUCUUGAGGACCAUCGAUUUUGAGAAGGAACAUUUAGCGACGUAUGAACCCUCGAUUUCAAUGUUAAAUCCGGAACCAAACUUACUGGUCAGGCCACUUCAGCGUUCAGACUACAAUAAAGGAUACAUGGAUCUUCUUCUAUCGGCGCUUUAUGUACGCGAUGCAGGGAUUUCCCAACAAGAAUUUGAAGAGAGAUGGGAUAAAAUGAAGGCUAGCGGAGGUUCCUAUUAUAUAACUGUUAUAGAGGACACGUCCACAAAGAAAAUCAUAGGCAACGCCGUGUUACACGUGGAGUACAAAUUCCUUCAACCUAGUAUUAAGAGAGGCCGCCUUGAAGAUAUUGCAGUUUUGGAUGGAUACCGAGGAAGGCAGUUAGGAAAAUUGUUAAUGGACGUGACUACAAUUCUCUGUAAGAAGGUGGGCUGUUUUCGUGUGUCUCUACACUGUAAGGACCAUUUUGUUUCCUUGUAUCAGAAGUUCCGGUUCUACAUAGACCAAGCUGAAAAUAUCAUGUGGCUGGACAAAAACUAUUUACAAUCAUAAAGGAUAGAAAAGAGUGAAAAUUAAAAUUGUUUUUAUUACUAAUAGAGAUUUUAUAUUAACGAUAUUGAUUUGGUUUAAUCAUACAUUACAUUGUACCUGGGCGUGCGUCUUAUUCAUAUCUAACAAUGUUGAGAUAAAACACCCAUUUGAGGGAGAGAAAAAAAAACCAACCCGACACUCUGGCAUUCUACAGUUCAGUUUUUUGUUACUGAAUAUUGAUUUAAUUAACUAAUCAGAUUAAUAUAGAUUGCUUAAUAGAAAAUAGCAUGUUUAUUACAAAAUGAGAUGUGCUAAAUACUAGAAACUAUUUAAUUGUGUUCAGAAUUAACUUGUAAAUUGAAACAAAUAUGCUUUAAACGAAACUUUACCAAUAUAUUUAACCUAUGUAAACAAAAACAUGGCACGAGCCUUGUUUACAUAACAAAGAAUUGUGAGCUCUGUAUCUCCCAUGUACCUUGACAACUGACAUUCAAAUUUUUGCUGAUCAUUAGGAAUACCUUAUUUAAGCAUUCUAAACAUUAAAAAUGGAAAUAUAAAAUUUUAAAAAUUUUAAAGACAGCUCAAAUCGUGUCCAUGCCCCUUUAAGUUGAAUUAACGAUAUUUCUUUUUUCUUAUAGUCUCUAAAGCAAUGCCAGUCUUGAUGCUAGGUGUAGGCAUGUUGUAGUGAUACGUUUGCUAUUAUUACAGAUAUAGGAGAACAGUGUUGAAAAUAAACAUGUUUUUAAAUUCUGAA